UUCAUCCUGUAUGUCACCGUAGAAACGAAGUGGGCUUUAAAAUGGCAGAUCGGAAUAAUAACUUAUCGAGCCACCGUCAUUAGUCAAUAUGUCUUAGUAUAAAUCUAAAUGAAUAGGAUUUUCUUUUGUAUUAGAAAAAAAUGAAAUAUAUUUUAUUAAGAAAAUCGUUGUUUAAUGAUUGAACAGAUCAAAAUUAAGCCUGCAGAGUGUAGGUCUAUCAAUCUAAUUUAAAUAUGUCUAGUCUUCAUCCUGGAGUACUAUUCAACAAUGCAGGAUUAAACAAAAGAUACACUGCACUCAGUCCCCACAAGACAGAACAAGAACAUAGCCAAAGAAGUAGUGUCACUUGUGGUGGUGGUCAGAUACUGCCGAAGCCAAGUCCAGUCUCUAGAGUUUAUGAUGUUCCCAACAGCAGCAGCCGUUUGAUCUUACUGAAUAAUAAGUUAACAAAGAAAUCUAUGGGAUCAAGGCUAAGAGGUCAGACUGAGUUCAAAGGUGAUAUAAACCAUCCACAGCCUGAAAGACAUCUAUCAGAUACACCUGGUUUGAAUAAAAGGCACCACCAAAAAUGUGCUGUAUCCGAAAGUGAGCGAUUUCUUCCAUCCAUCACACCAAGUGUGUCUCCAUCCUCUGAUUCCAGGAGCUCAACCAAACAGUCAGCAGGCAAAGGUGUCGUGAAAAGUCAUGAUUGUUGCCUGGAAGACUACGAGAUUAUCAAGCUGUUUGACAAAUUGCAGCGUCCCCCAAGACUGUCAGCAGGAAGGCCACACAGCCUGCCAACCUCAUUUUCUUCUUUCAUCGAUGUUUGCAGCCUGAAGCAUGGUGAAAGACAUUAUUUAGCCAGCAUUGCACAGAUCUAUGGAGUGGAGCACAUGAGACAACAAAAGAUUCAACAGUAUAACCAACUCAUGUGGAAUGAAAUAUCCAAAGGAAACUAUAGUUCUAAAGAGGUGAACAAGUAUUUUAAAUAUCUGAGUAGACCACAUAGUGUAGGAGGGGUUGCUGGACAUGUAUCAUCUAGUCCAAAGCAAUCCCAUACGUCACCAAGCAGACGACCAAAAAGUCAUGGCAAUCAAAAGAAAGAAAGAGCUCCAACUGAACAUUCUGGAAGCUGGACUGCUGUAAAACAUUCCCAUAAAAAAUGGGAUUUCAAAGAAAAUAGAUCUAAUGCUAAAAGGAAGGAGAGUAAACAUGCUGAUAGAAAUAAGAACAAAAAAACACAGCUUGAAAAAAGAAAUCCAACCAAAAAAGCACAGCAGGACCAAAUUACAGAUGAAAGUAUAACUACGACAAGAGAAACUAUAAAACAGGAAGACAGCUCAGAGAGUCACAAAUGUAGCAGUGAAAGCAGAAGUGAAAAGAGUGAAAGAAAGGGAUUAAAGGCCAACAAGAAAAAAACUAAAACACAAGAUAUGAAAUUAGAUAGGACAAGUUCUAGUGAUGACGAUGAUAGUGACUCAAGUUUGUCAAACUCGGAAGAUGAUUCAACAGUUGAUAAUGACUCUGAUACUGAAACAGAAACAAAAUGUGAGACUUAUACAGAAAGAGAUGAAACAAAUCUAAAAGAAAGCAGCUUUUCAGAUAGAAUCAAGAGUGAUUCUUAUUCAGAGCAAGAAACUGAAACCAUAUUGUCUAGAGAUUCUGAGACAGAUCUAAAUAUAGAAUCUCAUCAGAAGAGAAAGAACAAAGUUGGAAUUAAUAAAAUUAGCCUUUCUUCAAGUGACAAGGAAGUAAGUUCAGAGUCAGAGUCAGAGCAGGAGAACAUAAAAAAGAAGAAUUCUUCAAAUGAAGAUGAUUUAAGUUUUUCAGGGUCAGAAAAUGAUACUAAAUAUGAACAAAAUUUUAGAUCUGAUUUAGGAAAAGAAUCUAAGACUAAUAUAGAAGAAGAUUCUAAAGAUGAUUUAGCAAAUGAAUCAAAGACUGAUUUAGAAGAAGAUUCUAAGCCUGAUUUAGAAAAAGAAUCUAAGACUGUUAUAGAAGAAGAAUCUAAAGUUGAUUUAGUAAAUGAUUCCAAGACUGAUUUGGUAAAUGAUUCUAAUAUUGAUUUAGUAAAAGAAUCAAAGACUAAUUUAGAAGAAGAAUCCAAGUCUGAUUUAGAAAAAGAAUCUAAGACUAAUAUAGAAGAAGAUUCUAAAGAUGAUUUAGUAAAAGAAUCAAAGACUAAUUUUGAAGAAGAAUCCAUGUCUGAUUUAGAAAAAGAAUCUAAGACUGAUAUAGAAGAAAAAUCAGUUAAUUUAGUAAAUGAUUCCAAGACUGAUUUAGUAAAAGAAUCAAAGAACAAUUUAGAAGAAGAAUCCAAGUCUGAAUUUGAAGAAACUCACAAAACUGAUUUAGAAGAAUUCAAUUAUGAUUUAUUGAAGGAAUCAAAGACUGACUUAGAUGAAGAAAUGAAAGUUGAAAUGGAUAAAAAGCCUGAGCUCUAUACAGAGAAUACUAAUGAAAUGUAUGAAAUGCCCACUUCUGCAAAUCAAGACAAUAUUAACUCCCUUCAAUCAAAUGAGGAAAUUAAAAUUGAUGAGAAUAGAAACUUUGAUGCUAAUAAAGAAAGUGAUAUAACAACUAAGGAAAUGAUUCUAAACAUGGAAACUCAGUCACAUGAUCAUGACUACCAGGUAAAUAUAACUGCAGAGAAUAAUGAUUCAGCACAAUUGAAAGGAAAUGCUGAUGUAAGAGAUUCUCAUACACAAGAAUCAAGCAGAGGAGACAUUGCAGACAACUCUGACUCAGAAACUAAUUGCAAUUCUGCUGAUAGAGAAAACUAUUCAGGUCAGAAUUUAGACAAUCAAGAAUCAAUAAAUUUAGUUGAGAAUGAAACACCAGAGGUUUUCAGAACUAGCGCUGAUAGCUCUCUGACCUUAGAUAAUAACGUAACACAAGAGCAAGAUGCUAAGCUGACACAACAUGACGCAGAAUUGAGCAUUAAUGAAGUCAUUGACCCCAACGAUGCUGUGAUUGAAACAAACACUGGAACUGUCAACAUAGAAAGUCAAGGUCCUACCUCACAUAACGAGAGCCAUGAAAAUAUUGAAAGUAAAAGACAUGGAUCCAGUUCCAGCAGCUCAGACGAUGGCUUAGACAGUAGUAGUUCAGACGACAGCAUUUCUGACUCAUCAGACGACAAAGACCUGGAAACAGAAUCGCCCUCAACUACCACCCAAGACAAGGAGUGAUUGCCAGCUUGGUCAUAAUACAGACUGCGCACAGUUUGGAUUAGAUAGAGUAGUAGUUUCAACAAUUUGCAAUGAGAAAUAUUUCUUCUUUUUGCGUGUUGCUAAGAGAAAUGUUUUAAGCCCAGUGAUGUUAAUCUUACUUUGUAGCUCUUAACUCUUUCUCUCCGUAAUUAUUUACCACAUUCUGGUGGAAUCAACGUUGGUAUCGUCAUUUAGGAGAGAAAGAGUUAAGGCUGUUAACAAAGCGGUUUGUAUGUAGUUUUAAUUAAAGAGUGUUGUUUUUGUUCUUACAAAUAUUUUUUUUUCGUUGAAUCGUUCAUUCUGGUGAACUGGACCACAUUAGGAUGCAAUAAUUUUGAUCCUAAAACUGGCUGAUCCAAUUACACAAAGAUUAUCUAUGCGACAUCCAGGCUUCAGGGGGGCAUGGUGGCUGAGUGGUAAAGAGCUUGGCUUCUGAAAUGAGGGAGUCUCUGGUUUAGAUUCCAGUGAAGGCUUGGAUUUUAAAUUUUGGGAUUUCCAAGGUAUAACUAAGUAUACCCAACCUGACAUUAGUUGUGGAAAAGUUUAGGUAAAUUGUUAGCAAUGGGCCACAGAAAUAUAUGAUGUUCUUAAUCUGCCACAUUGAUCACAAGAUAGCAGAUUGGGGUACUUUACUUUUUAUGAUGGUUUCAGCACUUCAGUCUGAUAAAGUGGAUUCCAAUCAUCCAAAGCCUAUUUAAAUAUUAUAUGUACACUUUUCUAAUCAAUUUAGUGUGUGCACAAGCUUCAGCUUUGUAUGUUUCCAGAGCUUAUUUUUUGUUCUUCUAUCAGAAUUCUCUAGGCCAAAGUUAUAAUUACACUUUUGAGUUGAAUGCCAUAUAAGCUGGAUUGUGUCAACAUACUAUCUGAAUAGUUUUUUUUUUAUUCUUAGUUCCAGUGUUUGAGUGCCUACAAGUCACUUGGUUAAGUGGAUUUUUAUAAAAAUUUUGUGUCACUUUUUUGCACACACCCAAGAGGUAUUGUUAUGAUAUUAUUUAUCAUUUUUUUGUUUUAUAUACCAGGAAAUU